CCUUAUUUUCAACGUUCCAAAGCAGGCUCCCCCCUUAAACGGUUUAGCUCGAGAGAAAGGUUUAGCUCGUUAGCGAAUAAUCGGCAUGUAAUGUGCGACGAGCCAGGGAAUAAGAAGAGGAAGAGACCGAGUACGAGAAGUGGCUUGCGCGCGCGAGUCCGAUUCCUCGUUGGUGGUUCGCGGGGUUAAAUAUACCCUCCUCGUCGGUCGCAUCAUAUAUACAGAGAGACAGAGAGAGGGAAAGAGAAAAUAGCGCGAGAAAGAUGGAGACUGUCGUUCGCGCAGUCGAAGCGAGAACGGGACGAGCAGAACAGUAUGAGAGAGAGAGAGAAGAAGAAGAAGAAAUAGUACAAGAAGGGAAAGAAGAAAAGAGAGAGAAGAAGUCGAGUUCCGCUAUUACGGAGCGCCUCCGCGACCGCGGCGCACAGCCCAAUAUGGAGCAAUCUCAGAUUUCCAUCCGCCCAAAUCGAGGAUAUACGCUUGCGCCUCUGCGGGCUCUUCUUGAUUCGCGGAAGGUUGUUUGUUGUCGUCGUCGUCGCCGUCAUCGUCGUCGUCGUCGCCGUCGUUGUCGUUGUUGCCGUCGUCGCCACCGACGUUUCCCCGUCUUUCGGCGGAGGUGGAGACGCCGCUUUCAGUUGUCGCUUAUCCACUUCACUCUCGCUCGUAACAGUGCCAAAAGUACCUUAAAACGCUACGUUUCGCUCGAUUGGCUCCCAUUUCUCUCCCACCACUCUUUCUCCGCUUAUCCAUCAAGUUAUCGCCGUCCCGCUUUUCUUGAAAUUACUUUGGUUCCUCCUUUUGCUGGAAAAAAAGAAUCUGCCCAUGUGCUCGGUUCACUUAGCUUCCGUUUUUCCAUUUGAUUCCCUUGAAAUCAAGCUCGCGAUACUUUACGUCUGCCAAGAAGCCAAGCUCGAUCGCGUGGGCGAUCACGGAACCUAUCGGACGGAGAGUGACCGAUCGGGACUUGUGAUUCGUGUGACUGAUCGUACUCACGAGAAUGAUCGUCGCACCGUUUAGUGACUCGACAAGGAUCGUGCGCGAAAAUCAUUCAGUAGAAACGUUUGCAACGUAAACGCGUAGACGCGAUCACGCGUACGUGCGUAGCGGUUGUCUCAAGAAGAAGACGAUAUCGCCGAGAACGAUACUUCCAUGUUGCCGGAAAGCAAUUUUCCCGUUACAGGGGGCACUAUGCAGACCGAGGAAGUCGUGCCGCGUGCGCAGUCUAUUGGCAUAGACAGUGGACUCAUCGACGGCGCUGGUUUGCAGCAGCAUCAUUUGCGUCGCUUCGCUCACUUACGCUGCCCGUUACCACCUCUGAUCCACAUGGCCGUCAAGCAGGAGCCUCAAGAGGAGGAAGAGCGAAGCGCAUUCAGUUCGCAAGUGGAUGCAAACAUCGCGGGUUCGACAAAUGGCAAGCCAAUUGUCCAUCAAAUUCAGGGAUUGGAGGAAAAUCCAGCGCCAACCGUCCCGAGUCCUAACAACCGUGGGCGAUCUAGCCGUGGUCGCAGAAAAUCGCGAUGGAAACUCAAGUUCCAUCAUCAGGCAUUACCGCCCGAGUAUCUGGACCACUACGAGGCAUCGCUGGCUCAGGAAAGUCUAAAUUCAUCACCGCCGCGCGUCAUCGAGCCCGCGACAUCGAACGAACCGAGCCCGGCACCGACGAGUUCGACGUCCACCCCGAGUCCCAUCGCCGACGUCCACGGUUGGCUGCAGCGAAUCGCGGCGAUGCAGCAAGAGCUCUGUCCCACCCAGCCGAUCGCUCAAUCGUCUCAAUGCCCGUCAAUGAGCACUUUCAGCCACAAUCAAGCGACCAGCGCCAGGAGAUCCGUCAUCACGUCCACGUCCUCGCAGGGCUAUAACGCGCAAGUUUAUCCCAAUCAUCACACCCCAUCGCAGAUGCAGUCAUCGCAGACAUCGAGCAGACCACCGAUGAAGUACUCCGAUCUUCCUUACAUGGGCGAAAUCACCCUCGACAACAGCAAACCCAGACGCGGCCGAAAGCCGAAGAAGGCCGAUAUCUGCCAUUUGAUCUACAAAAAUUACGGCACGAUUCUGCCGGGCACACCCGGCCACGAAGAGAGGAGACUGUCACCCCGGGACAAGCAGGAUCCUCGGGAUCGCGCGUCGCCUCAGGUGCCCUUUCAACGAACGGACGUGCAGAACAGGAUCAGCAGCCUGUUGGAGAAACGACUGACCCAAGAGACGCGUCGGAGCCUUGCGUGGUCCGAGAACUCGCGAGAGCAGGACGAGCCACUGAAUCUCUGCAUCAGGGAUCUCAACCAGCUCAAGAUUCGACUGCUGCGGAAACACGGAAACGUCUACGAGUCUGGCCAGGUGAAGAGCGAGACAUCCAGCGACGGCGAGGAAGUCGAGUGUCUAGGUAGCGGAUUCCUGUCGGAGCCAAUCAACUAUUCAGAGGCCGCGGCCGCCGGCCACCGACCGAGCCACAGCCUCGUCAACCACAAUAACAAUGUGAUCGACCCGAUAGCCGGUCCCAAUCCCGGUUUGGUAUAUUGGCCGAACGCCGGCGUGUUUAUCCAUCCGAUGGCGUUGCAGUCGCAACUACUGUACUACCAGAAAGUCGCUCAGGGUGACAAGACUCUGUCCCGGCAAGUCGCGGAACAACCACCGCGUGAGCAGAAAAUCGUGCCGAAAUCUAUAUACUCAAUGAUGGAGACGAAGAGUGCGUCCCAAGCCUUGGCGCUGCCUACGUCUCGGACCGCCACACCGGGAUCGGUCACCGCACCGCCGUCACCUAGAGCCAAGAGGAACGCGCCUCUCUGUCAGCAGCAGCAGCAUGGUCAACCGACCAAGCGGAAACGCUCGGCUAUAUUCAUACCGCCGAUGCCGACCGAGAACAACAAUAAUCCGGCGACGGAGGUGAGCAUAUGCAAGUUCAAGUUCACCGGCGGCGCCAAACCCACUUUGCAGGAGAAGAAAAGCCUCUCCGUGGAUUCUGGAGGGAAUUUUCGCUACUACAGCGGUACCGGUGACAAGAGCAUGCGCGGCUACGAGUUCUUCCCGAGAGAGGCCCUUCAGCAGCCGGCGGGCCAGACCGGUACCAGCUCCGCGGCUGGGGCUUUCCUCAGUGCCGCUGGCGAAAGGAUCCAAACACCAGCGACGUGCCAGAGGAACUCGGCCAGCCAGGACGACGGCCGACGCAAAAGGAAAACCAGAAAAUCCCUGCAGCGCGAAAAAUUGGAACAAACUUUCAAGGAGAAGGGCUUUCUCAUUCAGACGCAGCAACUGGAGUCCGCGGAGGGUGCGACCUACUGCAAGUUUCGGCAGCUCCGAAAAUUCACCAGGUACCUGUUCAGAAGCUGGAAGGACUAUCUGCCCGGUAACGUGCGCGAACUGAGCGGCGGCGAGAGCAGUGUCGCGAUGGACGGUGACGCGGCCGACGUCGACGUCGUCGAUGGCGACACCGCUCUCGUUCACUCGCCGCUUCAUCGCGGCAACCUGCUCGACGUGCCCAGUAGCUUCGUGGAGGAUCAUCGGACUUUGCCCCUUACGUGAGGUGUGGGCACGACGAAUCUCCUUCUUCCCCAAGCAAUCUACUAUCCCACGGAAAAAAAAAAUCGAACGUUCGUUCUUUCUUAGUUUUAAUGGCGAUCAAAACGUUUUUCCGUGAGCAAACCUUCUUUGAGCCUGCGUUUUCGCAAAGUGUCUGUGGGAAUUGUGUGUUAUGCGGCUUACUUUUGUGACGCAUUUCACUUUCGUCACGCACGACUGAAUCGAAGAAUUCAAUCCUAUUUGCGACUACAAUUUAAGAGCGUAGCUAGAAUGCAACGUUAACGAUUAUACGACGUCGCGACACGCGUCAACGAAGACGAAGCAGAUUCGAUCGUUGCUUAUUGUUAGUGCCAAAGAUCAGAGACUGGAAUAUACAUAAAAUCAGAGAUGUACAUAGAAAAAAAA